AUGCCUACUUACGUGAUCACUGGAGCCCGAAUGGGCAUUGGCCUAGGCUACGUUAAGGAACUCUCCAAGUCCCCAUCCAACACUGUCUUUGCCCUGGUCCGCAGUCUCACAAAAGGUGACCUGUCCGCCCUGCAAGAGAUUCAGGCAUCUUCUGCCCCAGGACAAGUUAGCAUACUCGAGUGUGACGUCUCAUCCCCGGAGUCGGUCACCAAACUCCCCGCUCAACUCCCCUCAGACACAAUCAUUGACGUCCUGAUCAACAACGCGGCUAUCCUGCACGGGGACGAGGACAGCUUGACGCUCAAACCAGAAACUUUGCAUGAACACAUCCAGACGAACGUCUUGGGGCCAGCCCUAAUCUUCCAAACACUCUUGCCGUACUUGUCGCCUACGGCAAAGGUGGUCAACAUUUCGUCCGGGCUUGGCAGCAUGCAGAUGCUGUUGGAUGGCCGGAUCCACGCUGAUCGCACGGCCUAUAGUGUCAGCAAAGCGGCAUUGAAUAUGUUGACUGUUCAUCAGUCUAAGCAGGUGAAGACAGUGGCGGGGAAGGAGGCGGUUAUUGUUGUGUGUGUUGACCCAGGUUGGGUGAAGACUGAGAUGGGAGGGCCGAAUGCUGUUCUGAGGGUUGAGGACAGUGCGCAGGGGGUUUUGAAGGUUGUUGAAGGGUUGAAGAGUGAAGAUAGUGGGGGUUUCUUCCUUUAUAGGGGGGAUAAGUUGGAUUGGUAA